AUGAGAUCAAGAACAAAACUAAUAGACAUUCUUACGCGGAUAGACGUCCAAAAAUGGAGAUGGGCUGGACAUUUGCUACGCCACCCCAUUAACAAAUGGAGCAAGCAAGUCACUCUCUGGCAACCAAGAGACGGCAAAAGAGGUAGGCGUCGUCAAGUCAGGAGAUGGGAAGAUGACUCGAAACUGGCAGCGGGACCAUUCUGGUUGAGAGUAGCAAGGGACAGGAUCCACUGGAAGGAAUUGGAGGAGGCUUAUGCCAAAAGGCACACCGAACUUAGGGAUCUCUUAUAA